GAGAGUGUUUUUAAGUUUGUCUCAGCAGGCCUCCAGGACUAUCGGACCUCAUCGCACAUCCGCGCGUCUUUCAAUAACUAGUCAACAUGAAUCCAAUUCACGUAACAUUGAUCUCUGCCCUUCUGGCACUCAGCACCGCAUAUAAAGGUGGUGGCGGCGGCGGUGGUGGUGGCGGAAUGAUGCCAAUGAUGCCGGGCGGCGGUAUGGGCGGUAUGCCAAUGGGAGGCGGCAUGAUGCCCAUGGGCGGCAAAAUGGGUGGUGGAAUGAUGAUGCCUAUGGGCGGCGGUGGUGGUAUGCCUAUGGGUGGUGGUAUGCCUAUGGGUAGUGGUAUGCCCAUGGGCAAAAUGGGAGGCGGCAUGGGAGGCAUGCCAAUGCCGAUGCCAAUGCCUAAACCUAUGCCAAUGCCUAUGCCAAUGCCGAGACCAAUGCCAAUGCCAAGGCCAAUGCCAAUGCCGAUGCCAAUGCCAAUGCCAAUGCCAAUGCCAAUGGGAGGAAAAGGAGGUAUGGGUGGUGGAAUGCCAAUGGGCGGUGGUAUGGGAGGCGGAAUGCCAAUGGGCGGCGGUAAAGGAGGAAUGGGCGGUGGAAUGCCAAUGAUGCCAAUGGGCGGUGGUAUGGGAGGUGGUAUGCCAAUGGGCGGCGGUAAAGGAGGAAUGGGCGGCGGUAUGAUGAUGAUGCCUAUGGGCGGUGGUAUGGGCGGUGGUAUGCCAAUGGGCGGCGGUAAAGGAGGAAUGGGCGGCGGUAUGAUGAUGCCAAUGGGAGGUGGAAUGGGAGGGAAGAAGUAUUAAUCAACUUGGACCAGAAAAAGGACUUUCCUAGAGAUAUUGGCGAUCUUGUAUACAAUCAGGAAUUAACGCGCUUCUCCUCAUGGACAUGUACAUUGGCGUAUCAUCCAUAGCAACAUUCACGUGUACAUAUUCCACGCAUGCGCAUUAAAUCAACACUUACAUCAGUCUCGGACCAUGGACACUGUGCUAAGUACAUCGCUAUGCCGUGACCAGUAUACUGUUGUAUUGACAAAACUAAUAUAUAAUUGUAUGAGAUCGACUUAUUGCCGGAUGUAUGUUGUGACAGUGUCCCGCUGCCGUAACCAUGCCAUGUGGAUAAAAAAUACUCUAUGUGUUGAUGAACUAACUAAGCCUGGCUUAUACGCCCAUGUUCUUGUCUUUUAUGUUUCAUUUGUGACUUUAUAUAGGAGUUAUGAAAAUAAAAUGUAGAUGCAUUUUGAAA